AUGCAACGCAGACAUAUUGAUCUUAUUAACUCACUUGUUCAUCAAGAUAUUAUUAAAGAUGAACGAAUUAAAAAUGUUAUGAUAGCAACUGAUAGAGUGGAUUUUACAACAGAUCGAGCCUAUGAUGAUACACCACAAUCAAUUGGUUAUAAUGUAACAAUAUCUGCACCACACAUGCACGCAUAUGCACUUGAAAUGCUACGAGAUAAACUCGUACCAGGUGCUCGUGUACUUGAUGUUGGUUCUGGUUCAGGAUAUUUAACUGUAUGUAUGGCUCGUCUUGUUCAACCGAAUGGAAAAGCAAUUGGAAUGGAACAUAUAUCACAAUUAGUUGAUUUAUCAUUGAAAAAUAUUGCUAAAAAUAAUCAAUCACUUAUUGAUGAUGGUACAUUGGAAAUUGUAUUAGGAGAUGGACGUUUAGGUUAUUUACAAGGUGGACCCUAUGAUGCAAUUCAUGUUGGAGCAGCUGCAUCAGAUCGUCCUAUAGAAUUAAUUGAACAAUUAAAACCAGGCGGCCGUUUAGUUGUACCAGUUGGUAUUGGAAGUCAACGAAUGAUGACUUAUGAAAAAUCCUUAGAUGGUAGAGAAAUACAUGAACAAGCUACAUUAAAUGUGAGAUAUGUACCUUUAACAGAUAAAGAUAAACAAUGGAAUCAUUAA